CUGCUCUCUCAUUGUAGAUUUACUGCAUAACUCAAGAUGGCAGUGGUAGCGAAGCAAGAGCCAAUAAGUUUAGAAAUUCGAACGAAAUCAGUUGAAAAAACUCUAGUUCCAUUAGUGUCACAACAAACAAUAUGGUACAAGAUGUUUAAGAACAGAAAAGUAGCCAAGGAAGAUUGUUCCAAACAAAAUAUAUAUAAAAGAUUACUACUUUAGUAAAUGCAAAAGAGAAACCAAUUAAAUCCGAGAAAACUCUAAGAGCAAUUGUCCAUGUGGGUCAAGCAGUAAAUUUUGCUGUACAAAAAUUUGUAUCUGUUGGAGAAGCUAUUGCUGAUGAUAACUGUGAAAUUAAAUCAGACAUGUAUGAAGCUUGUAAAGAUGCAAGAACUGCUGGUAGAAUUAUUGAACAAUUAUGUGAUGUUCAGCCAGAUGAGUGUGGUCAACUUAGGUCAUAUGCUGAUAAAAAUAAUAUGGUAAGGGCAGCUAGAACAUUAUUGUCUUCUGUUACUCGAGUUCUUUUGUUGGCUGAUACAGUUGUGGUGAAACAACUUAUUUCAACUAAAGACAGAGUGUCUAUCAGUUUGAAUCGUCUUGAGCAUGCACCAAACUUUACUGAAUUUGUCAAAGCUUUUAGUCAGUUCGGAAGUGAAAUGGUUGAGCUGGCGCAUUUAACAGGUGACAGACAAAAUGAUUUGAAGGAUGAGCGACGACGUUCACAGAUGGCUGUUGCUAGACAGAUUUUGGAAAGAUCAACAAUGUUGCUUCUUACCUCAUCUAAGGUCUGCUUUCGACAUCCUGAAUGUGCAUCAAGCAGGGAAAACAGAGAUGCUGUAUUUCAACAAAUGCGCCAAGCAAUGGAACUGAUUAAUUUUGUUGCUAAAGAUGGGAUGAUAUCUGAUCCUACUGCAAACAUUCCAACUGUUCAGAGUAACAGAUCGCCUCAUAAUGUUAUGUCAAUUAUGCUGUGUACUGAAGAGCUUGAGCAGUCAAAUUCAUUGUAUAAUGCCAUCAAGCAUUUUGAGGAUAUUGUUGAAAUUACACGUAUGACUUUAGUUGGACCUCCCUAUAGAGAAAGAUUAAAGAAUGCCUUGGAUGCUAUUAUAGAGAGAACUCAAGAUUUUACUGACUCCGCUUAUACAUCUCAUGCUCAUCGGGAAAAAAUUUUGCUGUUGUGUGAUCGUGCCAGGCUUGAACUUAAUCAGUUGUUUAGAAUUGGAGUAACAUUAGAUCAAUCUGAAUGCACAUCGCCUACUGAAGACUUGGAGGCAGCUAUUCUUCAAGUACUCAGAGCCACAAAAGACUUAAAACAGGAGCUUCAAGAUACUGCUCUGGAUCAAGCUCAUGAAUUGAUAAAAUUAUUUGAGGAAAAUGAUGUUUUAAGUUACUUAAAAACAGCAGCACUUGCAGGAAAUCAGGACAGGCUAGAAGAAUUUUCUGAGAAAUUUACGGAAUAUGCUGAACAUGUUCAAGAUGCUUGUAAACUUCUUCAACAUAUAGCCAGCACUGAAUGUACACAAGUGACUACCAAAAAUACUGAGUCUUCCUUGAAAGUAUUUGCUGCUCAGGUGUUAAAUUCAUGUCGAACUGUUGCUGUUCAUCCUAUGUGCGAGAUUUCAAAAGAGAAUUUGGAAGUUUUCUUAGAGAUGUGGAAUUUACUGUGCCAAGAUGUUAUUUCUAUUUAUAAAGAAAUUAGCGAACUUUGUCGUCGUGAUAUUCAAUAUAAAACUGUUUAUAUGUCUUUGCCGCGACCAGGUAAACAUGGCACAACAAGUAAACAGCUGAAACCUGUAAAGCUUGAUGUUGAAGAGCAGGCAAAGAUUGCAAAACUGGGCUUAGAAAUGAAACUAUUGACUUCAGAAAUAGAUGCUGAGACAGAGAGAUGGUCUUCUACUGAAAACGACCUUUGCAAGAGAGCUCGUAGUAUGUCACAGAUGGCAUUUUCGAUGUAUCAGUUUACUAGAGGAGAAGGUGAUCUAAAAACAACUCAGGACCUUUUCACACAAGCUGAAUUUUUUGCUGAGGAAGCAAAUAAGCUAUAUAAAUUAGUUCGUCAAUUUUCAUAUUUGGUACCUGGUGGACAGCAUAAAAAUGAACUUUUAGAGUAUCUUGAUAAAGUUCCUACUUUUGUUCAGCAACUUCAGUUUACUGUUAAGAAUCCUACUGUAGGCAAAGCUGCUACAUUUACAAAGGUUGAUAACGUAAUCCAAGAAACGAAAAAUCUAAUGAAUGUGAUUUCCAAAGUUGUAACAACUUGCCUGUUUUGCGCUACAAAGUACAAUAUAGAUUUCCAUAGCUUGACUAGUCAGACUCAGACUGCAUCGCCAUAUCAGAAUGAUCUGGAAGAUUAUGUGUUUGACCGUUCCACUUCAUCGAGCAAUCUUCCAUCUAAAGACUCUGGCCAAAACUCAUCAAACCCUAACAUUUGACGGUUUGGUCUCGGUCCCCAAAGAUUCAAACGGGACCCUCAUCGUACUAGAGUCUCUUUUUUACUUUAUUAAGUAUAUGCUGAGAAUUUGUUAUUUGUGUGAUUGAUAUAUGGUAAUUGAAUUCCUGCAUCUGUAUGAGUAAAUGUCAAGUAUAAAAAUAUCAUAUUUCAUAUCAUUUGUGGAAUUGUAGGUAUUUAAAAUUUUAUAUGAUUUUUAGCCAUUGAUGCAUUAUUGUGGACCACUACUGUUUUUAUGCAAAGACUAUAUUGUUUUUAAGUAAUUUAAGGUAGUGUUUUUAAAAUAAUUUUUAGCUUUACAAGCCCCGUUUCAAAGUUAUUUUUGAAAUAUAAUCUUUAAAUGCACCGUGUUUAUUGUAUUACCCACUAGAGUAAAGAUUUUUUUUUU